AGCAGCAGCAAGAAAAAAAAGACUCGACAAGGUUUAGAAGCAGAGAGAAGGAAGGAGACACCGCUGCUGCCGCUGCUACAGGACAGAGCUGCUGUGUUUAGGGACCAGACUGCAGACUAUUCGGAACUAAAGGGAGCAGAUGCUGCAGGCACUGGAAGGUGGACACCAUGAACUACGUGGGGCAGCUGGCUGGUCAGGUGCUGGUGACAGUGAAGGAGCUCUACAAGGGGAUAAAUCAGGCCACGCUGUCAGGCUGCAUCGACGUGAUCGUGGUGCGGCAGGCUGACGGCACGUUCCAGUGCUCGCCGUUCCACGUCCGCUUCGGAAAACUCGGUGUCCUGCGUUCCAAGGAGAAAGUGAUCGACGUAGAAAUCAACGGCGAGCCCGUGGAGCUGCACAUGAAGCUCGGAGACAACGGAGAAGCCUUUUUUGUUCAGGAGACCGAGCAGCACAAUGAGGUCGUCCCUGCUCAUCUGGUGACCUCACCUCUCCCCACACAAGAGGCUUUGUUCAGGAGCAGAGAGUCCAGAUGUGGGGGAUCAUCAGGAGAGACCGGUCUGCCACUGGGUCCAGACGACCUGGUCUCUGCUAACACGCAGCCGUGCACCAACUCAGCCAGCAAGAAGAAGAAGAGGCGCAGGAAGAAGCACAAAGCUGAGCCACGCAGGGAGGAGCAAACCAGCUCACCUGCAGGUGUGGACCUGGAGCUGUGUGAUCCCAGUUCAGAUGACGAGCACAAUUCACACAGUGGACAGGCGUCUUCACUCUCCAUCAUGAACAGCAGCAUGGACAACAGACAACAUUCCCCUCUCACUGCUCUUGAAUGGGACAGCUACCCUUUCUCCGACAGCGACUGGUCACCCUGCACUGGCAGGGAGACGUCCGAGCCCAAGAGUGACUCCGAGCUGAUUGUGAAGCCAGCGGGGAAUUCAUUCAGGACCGAGUCCCACAUGCAGUGGACGUGGGGGGAGUUUCCAGAAUCCACCAGGGUCAACAGAAAGGACAAAACAGAGCCAAAGUUGUUGACCAUCAACCCGUCAGAGAACACACAUUUCAGGGUCAUCUUGAGCUCGGAAGCAAUGGAGGAAGAGUUCAGGGAAGUAGAGAGGAACACAGAUCUGAUAUACAGCGUUGUCAAACCAGAGCCUCGAACCUACAAACUUAAUCGGUGCAGCUGCAAACCACAGGCCCCCAAAGCCUUGUCACAUGAUACAAACAUGAGUGAGGACAAACCAGACCUUUCACAUUCAGUGUGCCAUGAAUGUUCAUCAGCGCCAUCUUCUAAUAACUCCGCCCCCAACACGAAAACUGUGCGUAAAGCCAGGUGGACAUCUUCUCCACCCAACCGCAGAGACUGCGGCUCUGCUGCCAGCGUAGGCAGCGACAUGACAGGAGACGCCACACCAGGAGCCUCCUCCAAACCCACAGACUCCCCCGUCAAGAGGAGAGAUGUGAGGAAGAGGAGCCAACAUCUGGGACCUGAAGACAUUUACCUGGAUGAUCUGAAAGUGCUCGACCCUGAUGUUGCCGCUCUGUACUUCCCAAAAAGUGAGUCCGAGCAGGUUCCCAAACACUGGGUGAAGUCAGGACAGUGCUCUGGAUCCCAAUCGCCGCAGUCGGUGAGCAGCGGCGCGGCAGACAGCGGCACAGAGUGUCUGUCUGACUCUGCUGGUGACCUUCCUGACGUCACACUGUCGCUGUGCGGAGGCGUCGGGGAGAACUCUGAGAUCUCCAAAGAAAGGUUCAUGGAGCACAUUGUCAACUACAACGACUUUGCAGACAAUCCUGCGAUUAUUGAUAACCCCAACCUUGUGGUCAGGAUUGCAAACAGGUAUUACAACUGGACACUUGCUGCACCGUUGAUACUCAGCAUGCAGGCUUUUCAGAAGAACUUGCCAAAGGCUACAGAGGAGGCCUGGGUGAAGGAGAAAAUGCCAAAGAGGUCUGGACGCUGGUGGUUCUGGAGAAAGAGCAGCGUGAAGCAGUCUUCAACUGAGUCCAAGUUAGAGAGACAGGAGUCGCAGAGCGGAGAGAGUCCUGUCCCCCACCAGGCUCCAGAAACACAGCACAAAACAUCAGAAUGGUCCAGCGAUGAAGAAACGAAAGAGUUUGACGCCGUCACACCUGCUCUGAAGCCGACUGAGCGUGUGCAGACUGAAGCCACAGCAGCAACAGCAGCUCCUUGUCUCUCCUACAAGAAAUCCCUCCGUCUGUCGUCUGAGCAGAUAGCCAGACUGAAGCUGCGCGAGGGGCCCAAUGACGUCACCUUCAGCAUAACCACGCAAUACCAGGGGACAUGUCGCUGCGUCGGCACCAUCUACCUGUGGAACUGGGACGACAGAGUUAUCAUCUCUGACAUCGAUGGCACCAUCACCAAGUCAGAUGUGUUUGGUCAGAUUCUGCCUCAGCUGGGUAAAGACUGGACACACCAAGGAAUCGCUAAGCUUUACCACUCUGUGCACGAGAACGGCUACAAGUUCCUGUACUGUUCGGCCCGGGCGAUCGGCAUGGCUGACAUGACGCGGGGAUACCUGCACUGGGUGAACGACAGAGGGACACUCCUGCCUCAGGGACCUCUCAUGCUGUCCCCCAGUAGCCUCUUCUCUGCCUUCCACAGAGAGAUCAUAGAAAAGAAGCCUGAGAAGUUUAAGAUCGAAUGUCUCACAGACAUCAAGAACCUCUUCCUCCCAAACACGUGUCCGUUCUACGCAGCCUUUGGAAACAGAGAAAGUGACGUCUUCGCCUACAAGCAAGUGGGCGUGUCCGAGUGCCGGAUAUUCACAGUGAAUCCCAAAGGAGAGUUAAUCCUCGAGAAAGCCAAAGGCAAUAAAACAUCUUACAGUCGGCUGAGUGAGCUGGUGGAACACGUUUUUCCUCUACGGAGCGCGCAGCACAGCGCCACCUUCAGCUGCCCGGAGUUCAGCUCCUUCUGUUUCUGGAGACAGCCCAUCGCUGAGGUUUGCUUUGAGGAGCUGCUUUAACUUUAAGAGUAGGGAUUUCUCUUAUACCUAUGUAUGUGUGUAUACACACUGGCUUAAUACUGAUGAGAAAUUCAUUUUAUAUACAUUCUACAACUGCAGUAUAUAAGAGUUUACUAGUUUAGUGAACUUUUGGAAUAGAAAAGACUAUAUCAGGGUUUAUUCCCAGCUGGAUAUUCUUUGUGCUUUGAACUAUGCCAGUAAAGGUAUAGUUCAGGUUUUUUAAAGUGUGUUUUAUGAGGUGCUGACGCUUUCUGUCAACAUCGCCUGAGCUGUGUCGCUCCCCGCUGUCUUCCAGCUGGCAAAGUCUCAUGCACGAAAACAUGCACAAACGAGAAGAGAAAAAGGAUUUUUUAAUUUAAUCUAAGUCUACAAUAUAUCUUUGCUUCAUUAAUUGCUUCUUUUUGUAAACUGUCAAACUCCCCCAGCACCAAAGUCCAUUGAGAAAAGCGUCAAUUUUAUAUCAAGGCACACAGGAGGUGUUGAGUCACAGCUGCCUUGACUUAUUACUUCAAAUGUGUUAUUUUGUGACUUCAGGGUUUGAAAUCCUUUGUUCACAUUUUAACAAAGUGACACAAACUUACCAAAUGAGGCAGCAGUAGAGCAGCAGCUCCUGUUUCCAUGUAAGCUAAAAUGCGGAUUUUCCUUAUGGACUUUGGUGUGGGAGAAUUCUAUUUCCUGUUAAAAUAAUAAAAGACUAUUGAACAGCGAGAUAAAGCUGCAAAAACAAGCAGUGCUGACGAUGAGUCAGAAACUCUUACAAACACACUUUAAGAGUACUUCAAAGCAGUAUAUAGGAAAUGCAGUCUGGUGUUUCUCCAGUCCUUUUGUAGAUGACGAAGCACUUAUUUACUCUACUGCACUUAAACUGAGGAUUGUUCAAUAUGAAACUCAAACACUCGGUGUAUGAAGGGUUUUGUACUCGUCCCUUUCAAGGCCUUAUCUGCUCUGUAACAGUGUUAUUUAAUAUAAAGAUAAACAAUUAUCUUUGCUCCAAAGCUGAAGGAUUAUGCACAGUUAAAGGACACUUAAGGAGAAACGUGUUGUGACUUUUGCUCAGAGCUCAUAACUACAUGUGUGCAAUGUGUGUG